AUGCACCAACCAAAUACUAAAAAGGUAUUGAUUUCUGGCUACAUACAGAUUGAUGCAAAACGACAGAGAUCAUACGAGAUAGACAAAAAUGAAUUGCUGGAACGAUUGCUAAUUACAAUAUUUCUACUGGUAGUCGUUUGUGGAGGACUGCACUUGUUUGGAAUUGCGUAUAAUCAUCACAUGACCGCUUAUUCGGAAAUAAAUGAAGAGGAAAAACUAGUUAUUAGUGUUGAAGCUCUACUGGGGAUUGUAAUUAUACCUGGGUUUCUCAUUCUGGUUUUUUUAAGUAAGGCUAUAUCACGACGAAAACAAGCAAAACUGGAAACAAACGAGAAAUUUCGGGGAAAAAAUUAUUAUUAUAUUCUCUCACCGGAAGAGAACACAACUUUGAAUCGGUUGGAAUAUGGAAUAUGUUCUGUGGUAAGUGCUCUCUCAGCAAUAGAAAACAGUUAG